AUGAGCAUAACUCCAUCCACCACCCUAGACAGCCAGCUGACCUCCACCUGGGGACCUACCAGCCUCUAUUCUGAUGGUGCACUGGUGAUGUCCAGUUACACGAGGUGGUCUCAUGACUCCCAGCCUCAGUUCUGGAGUAAGUACCAGGUGUGGGAGUGGCUGCAGCAGGUCAUGGACAUCCACCAGAUUGAUGCCUCCAGCAUUCCCUUCCAAAACUUUGACAUGGACGGCCAUCAUCUUUGCAGUCUGAGCUACCCUGACUUCAUCCGUGCUGCCGGCAGCGUGGGACACAUUCUUUUCAACAGCAUCACAGAGCUCAAGUCAAGCGGGCAAUAUCACGUGGACAUUGGGCAACUGGAACUUAAACCUGAAUCAGAUAUAUGUCCAUUUCCAGAUGUCAGCUAUCCACCUGGAGAGAUCUAUGAUCCCUCGCUUCACUUACUUGCCCCUGAUGCGUCUCCCACCCCUUCCAGUCCUGAAAUUAAGCGGUCUUUCAGUCGAAGUCACCCAGUCAAAAAGCCCAACCCGAGAGGGACCCACCUGUGGGAGUUCAUCAGAGACAUUCUGAUUAACCCAGAUCGAAACCCAGGGUUGAUCAAGUGGGAAGAUCGGACGGAGGGCAUCUUCAGAUUCCUGAAGUCUGAGGCUGUGGCACAAUUAUGGGGGAAAAAGAAGAAUAACAGCAGCAUGACUUAUGAGAAACUAAGUCGUGCAAUGAGAUAUUAUUACAAAAGGGAAAUCCUAGAACGAGUAGAUGGACGCAGACUGGUUUACAAGUUUGGAAGGAAUGCAAGGGGAUGGAGAGAGACAGAGAAGUGA